AUGAAAUUCACGCACCAGCUCAAGUUCAACGCGGUCCCCGAAUGGAAGGAGCACUACAUAAACUACCCGCUCCUCAAAAAGAUCAUUUACGCGACGCGCGCAGCCGAGUGCCAGGACGCAUACGAUGGCGUGCCCUACUUUGACGAAGAAGCCGCUGGCCCCCCCGCCGCCCCGCCCGCCGGCGCCGGCGGCCCCGGCAGCUUCCGCUCGCCGCGCACCAGCAGCAGCGGCGGCGGCGGCGGCCUGCGCGCGCCGCUGCUGUCGGCGAGCGGGCUCGCGCGCGCGGGCAGCGUCACGGUGCGCUCUGGUGACAGCGAGUUUAUAAAGGCCUUGGAUCAGGAGCUGGCGAGGAUAAUAUCUUUCUACCUUAGAAAAGAGGGCGAGCUCAUCUCGUCCUUCGAGUCGCUGAGCCUGCAGCUGCACAGCCGCGACGGCUGCGACGCGCCGCCGCCGCCGGUGCUGCCGUCGGCCGAGGCGCUCGCCGCC